CGUUUCUUUCUUUCUUUUUUUUUUUUUUAACUUAUUUUCAUUUAUUUUUUCUUUUAGCUUCUUUUUGGACCAGUGGAACUCUUGAAGAGCGAAAAGACGCGGGACUACAGGAUUUAUUUUUUCGUAUUUAUUCAUUAUUUUUAUUUUUAGGCGCGUGUGCGUGGAGUGCGCAUCAUUCCCUGUGAUUCCCCCUGUACGCGCAAGAGAGGCAACGCGCCCACCCAUGCGAUGCUAGCCUAUUAGCUGAAGAGAGAGGCAGAGGGAGAAAGAGAGAAAGAGAGAGAGAAAGAGGGAGAGAGGUUUCAAGUCCUGGAUCUUAUAGAGGCGGCUAAUUUACGAGUCUUGUUUUGCCUUUCAGGAAGGGGGAGGGGGGAAACCGGGAGAGAUAAGAAGGGGAGGGUGGUCGGUGAAGGAGAAUGCAGCAAUCACAUUUUUGAGCAUGCAGAAGCGGGCCGUUUCCGGUUCCUAGGCUCGCCGUAUCAUCAGCCCCCAUCCGACGCCAAGCAGCAGCCGUAUGGGGAAAGCAGAGCCAGACCCAGAUGGCAUGGACACUUCCACGACGUCUGCCGCUCUGCCCCGCCUGCCCUGCCGGAGCCCGUUCGCUGCCGCUGCAGCCGCUGCCGCCGCCGCCGCCGCCGUCUCUCUCCUCCAGCUCGCUCCGCCGCCCAGCAGCACUGCAGCACAGCACAGGCUGACGGCAUGAGGCUGGAUCCGGUGCAUCUCUCCAUGCUGGUCAUCGGGGUCUCUUUCGCCUGCUACGCCCCGAGUCUCAACUCCCUCCAGGACCAGGCGUACCGAUCGGCCGUGGUCAUCGAGGGCGAGGUGCGCUCCUCCCCGGAGAACGUCUCCGCCAGCGAGCCCUACAGCGUGAAUGUCAGAGUGCUGGAUGUGUGGCCCGUCAACAGCGGCGGCCUCGAGAGGGAGCAGCUCGUGACCGUCGGGGACUUCGGCUCCGAGACGCCCUGCACCACGGUGGAGAAGGACCACAGGUACAUCUUUUUCAUGGACCCGACCGCCGAGCCGCUAGUGUUCAAGGCGUCCUACGCCCCCGUGGACGCCAGCGAGCCGGAACUGAAGAAGAAUGUGGAGAGAGUGCUGUGCGAGGACUGCGCGUCUGCUCCUAAGCUGAGGCCGAUGCGAGGCCAGUCUCUGCCGGAGGGGGGCAAGAUGUACUUGAAGUGCGAGGCGUCGGGGAACCCCAGCCCUUCCUUCCGCUGGUACAAAGACGGACGCGAACUCCAGAAAGGCAGAGACCUCAAAAUAAAAACCAACGUAAAAAACUCAAAGUUGCAGAUCACUCGUGUCCGUCUGGAAGACUCCGGCAACUACACCUGCGUGGCUGAGAACUCGUUAGGACAAGAAAACGCCACGAGUAUAAUCACCGUGCAGAUCUUGACCACCACCACCCCAUCUCCAGGUGUGAGUCACGUGAGGCGCUGCAACGACUCGGAAAGGGCCUACUGCGCUAACGGAGGAGACUGUUUCUUUAUACACGGUUUUAACCAGCUGUCCUGCAAGUGUCCCAAUGACUAUACGGGGGACCGCUGUCAAAACUCCGUCUUGACCAGUUUCUACAAUCUUUUCAAAAAUGGAUUUAUGGAGGCAGAGGAGGUCUACCAGAAGCGGGUGCUGACGAUCACAGGCAUCUGCGUGGCCUUGUUAGUGGUCGGCAUCGUGUGUGUGGUGGCCUACUGCAAAACCAAGAAGCAGAGGAAUCAGAUGCAGCGUCACCUACAUCAAAACCAGAAUCAGUUCGUGGAGCAGCCAAACCGCGUGCUGGCUAAUGGUCCCAACCACCCUGGGCCCGGUCCAGAGGAGAUCCCCAUGCUCGAUUACAUCCCAAAGAGCGUCCCGACGACAGAGUGUGUGAUCAGCCAUGGAGCUGAGGGUGCUGGCAACUAUGCAGGCAGUCGAAUGUCAACCCGCUCCCAUCACUCCACCACUGCCUCACAUGGUUCCAGACACGAGGAGCAGACGUGGAGCAUGGAGCGGACAGAGAGCGUAAACUCAGACUGCCAGUCGGGCGGGCUCUCCAGCUCCGUGGGAACCAGCAAGUGCAGCAGCCCGGCAUGCAUGGCGAGGCGGGCCGCCAACUACGGCUGCACAGGCGUGUCAGGAAUGGGGAUGCAGUACGGGGACUCUUACGACUCUCUAAGAGACUCGCCUCACAGUGACAGAUACGUGUCGGCGCUGACCACGCCGGCACGGCUGUCUCCUGUGGAGUUCCACUACCCGCCUCUGCCGCCCCAGGUGCCCAUCUUCCAGAUCACCUCGCCCAACACAAGCCACGCCCUCUCCCCGCCCCCUGCUGGGGCUUACCACAGAGACGACGACCAACCGCUGCUAAGAUGCCCCGAAGACGGAAGUUUAUACAGGCAGCCCAGACGACCCCGGCGGCCCUACCUGACAGAGAGCACAGGAAGUCUGCCGUCCAGCCCCUACCACCUCCCGGACGACGAAGCCUACGAGACGACGCAAGAGUACGCCUCCUCCCGGGAACCCAUCCGGAGCCGGCGCCGGCCGCGGCGCAACCGCCUCAACGGACACACAUCCCAGCGCUCAGCGGGGUUUCGGGACUACAGCUCGCAGAGCUUCAGUCAGUCUGAGGAGGAGGAGGACGAGGAGGAAGAGGAGGACGAGGACGCUGACGGGGAGAGCACGCCUUUCCUCAGUAUGCAGAACAUGAACAUGGACCAGCCGCUGACCGGCUCGGGGUACCGCUCGUCAGCCGGCGCGGACACACGGACUCACCGUGGGCUGAGUCGGCCGAGCGCGCGCAGCAACGGGCAGAGCCGCAGCUCCCAGUCACAGCGCUCCAAAGCCGACAACAUGCCCCUUUAAGACUGGACCUCCCCCCGACACCCACCCGUAAGACCCCCCAGUCCCGUCCCGCCACGACCCCCGCCACCUCACACACCUCCUCUCCUCCUUCCUUCACAGAACCAGUGGACUAGAGACCUGCACCUAGGAGAAAUAUUUUUAUUUUGUAUAACAGACAGAUAUUCUAAACAAAUGAAAUAUUUAUUUUCAUUUCAGCAAAAAUUGUCUACUAGCUAACAGCAAAGACUUUUUUUUAUAACGGGGGGAUAUUUAUAUGUGAGGUUUUUUGAUUUACAGCAUUAUGAGAGAUGAAAAAAGGAGAAUUACGUGCCAAUUUUUUCACAAGUUAGAUAAAUAGAAUAAUAUUGUGGUGCCUUUUGCUGUAUGCUGAAGUCGGAGGUCCCGUUGAGUUUUUGUAGCUUUUCUUAUAAAGACUCCUCAUUUUUAUAGAGACCAACCCUCUUCCUUCCUAUUGCUUUGGUUUGGGGUUUUAUUAUUAUUAUUAUGUUUUGCUCUGAUUUGGGAUCUUCCUGUUUUUGAACUGUGAUCUGAUUAUGUCAUCAUGCAAUAUCGAUUCCUUCUGUGUACAAGGUGUCUGUUUACACGAGUUCGCCCCGCGCGGCGGUCCAGCCGGAUGUGCAGGGUGGAUUCCUCUGAUGAACAUGCAUCUGUCAUUAGCCGCGUCCGUGUCUGCUGCCUGUCACUCAUCUUGUCGUAGUUUCUGUCGGAAAGAAGGGCGGUCAGGUGUGGCAUGUAGAGGAUCGGCGAUCUCAGAUGUCCGUCUAGAUGUUCAGGGUUCUGUCAUUACAUUAGUAUGUGUGUGUGUGUGUGUGUGUGAGAGAGAGAGAGAUUUUCAUAAAGCCUGGUUUGCGGCCCCUCACCUGACGCGUCCGCCGGUCGCCAAGCUGCCAGAAGCUCCACUGCACUGUAAGCGGCUCCCUCGCGCGAGCCAGGGAGCCGCUCGACCCGAACUGAACCCGACCAGUUCAGUUGUAAUAUCCAGCCUGACUCUGGCCUCCCGUGGACUGCCUGCCCAUCCCCCCGCCCGUUUCCUAUGCCAGCAGCUUAGAGCCGCACUGUGUCUCAGGACUUUCCCCAUCGCAUCACAGCCGAACGACUCGCAGCAGACGGCGCCUCCACCGACCCCGUCAUCCCAGUCUCAGAUCAGUCCACGCGGCCAGACCCAUACCACCGCCCACCCGCACUCACUUCCGUCGAGUUAACAGAAAGAAGAAAGAAA